UGCAAAAUAAUUGAGGGAAAUUCAUAUAUAGACCAUAAUACUAUGAUACAACGUAAAAAAACCCAACCAGAUUUCCCUGUCUCUUUCAUUUCCAUCACUCGCCAUUGUUCUUCUCUUCUUUUUCUUUGGAGAAUAUUUCAGAAUCUUCUCCCGUUUUAAUCAUGUUUUUCUUGAUUACCAUAAAGGGGUUUAACAAAAUGCCUUCUUUUACCUUUCUCUUUAUUUCUUUCGUUUUAUUAUGCCUUAAUUUUCAUUUCACUUCAGCUGGUUUCCUCGUCGAACCAGUUUCCGGCCAAAGCCAACCGCUAAAUCCCGGCGAAUAUUCCUCCCCCAACACCGUUCCUGCAUUUCCCGUUCAAACCCAGAUGCAAAUUUGCCACCUCGAUCUUUCCGACGAGCUUUUCGGCGGCGUUAGAGAGGCUUGCGGUCGGAAUCUCGACCGGAGUCGAUGCUGUCCUGUUCUGGCCGCGUGGCUUUUCGCCGCUCAUGCACGUGCCGCCCUUAAAAUUACUGCUUCGACCUCGACGCCGGAAGCAGCCGGAGACCUCCCCAUGAUGCCGGACGACUCACAGAAAUGCGUCAACUCGUUGCAAACCUCACUCUUGAGUAGAAACAUUAAGAUUCCGCAGCCGAAUGCGAGCUGCGACGCCGUUUUAUGCUUUUGUGGGAUUCGGCUUCAUCAAAUUAGUUCGUUGUCUUGUCCCGCCGCCUUCAAUGUCUCUGGCGGCGGUGGUAGCGGUUACCGUAACGCCACUCCGACGGCCGCCGUUCGUAAUCUUGAAAAGAGUUGCCGGAACUCCUCGUAUUCCGGUUGCACCAAAUGCCUUGGCGCCCUUCAAAAGGUUACGGGAACGAAGAAGAACGCCAGCAACGAUAGGGCCAGUAAAAUGUUCAACAGAGACUGCCAACUCAUGGGUCUGACGUGGCUAUUGGCUCGGAACAAAACGACGUACAUUCCCACCGUUUCGGCCGUACUCCGAGCCAUCAUGUACAGCGCUCACCCUCCGCACCAAUCUACGUGUAGUCCGGACCAAGAGAACAUGCCGCUGGCCGUCGAUUCGUUGCAGAUGGAAAAGGCGCAGUCGUCAUCGCCACCGUCCAUUUCUCUGAUUCCGAUUAUACCCCUACUGAUUUCUGUUUAUUGGGUUGCUUGGUAGUGGCGAUAGGGGAUCAUUACCGGUUGGAAUCUGUUUGUUUUGUUAUUUUUGGAGGAAGAAAGGAGGGGAUGCCCUUGUCGGGGUCACGUGAUGCUAGUAGACAAAAAGAGCGAUGAUUGAGGGGCUUUUUUGUCUUUUCGCCACACUGUAAAUGUCAAAUCUGGGUUGUUUUCUUUUUCUGAUCAGAUGCCCAUUUUCUCUC